CCAUCCAUAUCACUCACACUUACUGAACGCACACUUGACUACGGAGCGACAUAAACUUCUAAUGAUGGCUCAAACCAAGACGGUGCUGCUCGAUCUUGCGCUUGCUCUCCUCCUAUUAUCACUGAUUAACGUCCAAAUCGUUAACGCUGACUUUUCCGACAUCGACCAACCUCCCAAUGACAACGUGGACGAGUUCGAUAGUCGUGGAGCUGGUCCAGCCUUUGGGACGGGACUCAGCAAGGGUUUCCGAAACUGGAUGCUCCGGUGGUUGGAAGGAGGUGAUAUUGCAGAGCUCGCGGGGAUCGCGACACUUCCUCGGAGACUUCUGGUCGGCAUAGAGAAGAUCUUGAACUUCUUCGAAGAACAUACUGAUGAACUUCUCGUCGAUGCCUUAUUAGGCAUAAAGAUCUCAAAUGAGCAACUGAAUGAAACUCUGCAUCAGAUUCCUGAAGACGACACAUUGUUGGCAUCAGCCAUCAGCAAAUUAAUCAACCAAGGACGGAAAAUUAUGGAAGUUGCGGUUCCAGACACACGUAAAAGAUUCGAAGAUUUUGAAGUGAUUGGUGGCGUUCUGAAAGUACACAUGGACUGGCCCAUGGUACCCAAGUCCCUCCCAUCUGUUGAUGAGCUGAAGUCGGAAAAGGACGAUAAUAAGGUUUCUCCGGAGUGCCCUCCUUUCUCUAAAGACACCGAAAGACUCUCUGAUUACUGCAUAUCUCAGCUUCUUCCCGACGACGGGUUAACUGAUGUUUCUUCUGCAAGGUGUCAGUUAGACGACGAAUGCAUCCAGAGAGUGUAUCUAUCUUGUCAUGGAUAUGAUCUUACUCAUCAACUCCUUUAUCUAAUGAUAGGUAUUAAGAGCGAAUGUUCUCAAGUACUGGUAGACAGGCUACGAGAAAUGGCACCCUCUAGUGUGCAAAAGCAACAAACAAUAGAAUCUAUCAUUGAAGGAUUCUGCUUGGAUAUUUACAGGGAAUCUUUGAAUAUCAGUGACGCUGGUUUCCCCUUGAAUAAACGAGAUCUCUUUAUAGAACAAGCUGUGCUUUGCGGUCUUCUCAAUUAUAUUGAUUUCUUUCGACAAGAUUGGGUAGCAAUAAAUUUGAGCUGGCAGCAACCACAAGGUUGCUACAAUUACAGAGAUACCGAGUACAAUGCAGCAACUGGGAAAUCCGUUUUCCACCGACGUGUGAAACGCCGCGAAUUAACGUUUGGAGAUGGAUGUAGUAGUCACAGAACAGGCCUUGCAGUGGCUUACUUUAGCGUCCUCCUCCGUCAUAUAACAAGUGCAAUAUAGAUGAAACCGACUAUCCAGAUACGAGUUACAGAUCGACCAACCGGCAAUAGGAUUUUUUUUUUGUGUGGGGGGGGGGGGGGGGGGGCUGGAUAGAGUUCAUUACAUUCCAUGGGUAAAAUAUCAGCUUUGAUAUGUUACUUCUUUGUUAGAUAUGAAAGUAGGCUAGAGACCAAUCAAGGACGGGGGAAUCGCGCACUAUCUUUAUUGAUUUUAAUAAGACUGUUUUUUCAUCAUUAUUGUUUUUUAUCAUUUUUAUCACUUGAAGUAACACUGUUUUUUUCAUUAUCAUAGUUAUUAUCAAUAUCAUUAUUAUUAUUAUUUAUCUUAUGUUUGGUUGUGCUGACACAGUAAUCAAGUAUAUCCGCUAGAGGUUCAUGAUAAAAAAGAAAACACACAAUCAAACGGUUAUUUUUAUGUUUUUGUACACGCUUGUUUAAACUAUAAGGGGCUGGACCAAGACCCUGUAUUGAAAUUAUUAGAACAUAUUUUUUUUCAUUACCAACUGGAUAAGAUUUACUAUUUUUCGUUCGCAAAUACCCCUCCCCCCGCACUCAGGAAUGAAAAGAACUUUAGGAGGCGUGUAUCAUAAUACCAGAAAUGUUUCGUUGAUAAGUUUGUUGACUUUCUUUCAUAUUACCAUUGGUUCAUUUAUAUAUACAGUAAAAAUGUGUGCUCCAUAUUCCCGAUGAAUUAGAUCUAUACGGUAGAAUAAAACACGCUAUUAGGCUCAAUGAUACUCUUUAUUCCUCCGUUUCAUGUUGUUAAGCCUUCACUUGACAUGAAGCCAUAUAACAAUAAUUUUCCAACCAUUUCUACAUAGCAGUCCUUCUAAAAAAGUAACAAAAUUGUAAAAAUAAUAAAAAUAACGACAAUGGAUAGCAUACACCGAUCUACUUGUUUAAUGAAUCAAUACAUAUUUUAAUUUUUUUCUCAAAUCUUAUACAAAUAUUCAGACACAUAUCCGAUUUAGAUCUGAAAAAAAAUUAACUCUGGAGUUUCGUAGUGCAUGCAAUAUACAUUUUAAGAAGACACUUUUCUUGAAAAUAUAUUUGAAGAAGACUAUUCUGGGUAUCAGUGGGUAACCAGCAUAGCCUACAUAUAAAAUAGCCCACAAAAUUGUUCAUGUAUAUACAUGUACAUCGGCCUAUAUUAUGUCUAUAAAGAUCAGUUCAAUAAAUCAUACAGCAUAUAGCAAUGAAAAAAAUUAUUCGAUUAAUGUCUCGUACUACGCCACUAGUAAAAAAAAAUUCACAUUAACAAUACCAAGAUAUAUUUCCAAGAUAUAUUUUCUAUCAGUUUUUGUUCUAUGGAUACGUGAGCAAUUGGCUAAUAAGCCUUUGUUCAGUGACAAAGUUUUCAACAAUAUCCGCAUUCCUAACGGUUGGAGGGUUACAAAGUUGAAAAUAAUAUCUUGCAAAAGAACAUCGUUUCCGGAUUCGUAUUCCAAAUCAAUUUAUAUGGACAGUAAAUAAUGGUGAUAUAUUAAAAGCUUGUCAAUAAAACGGAUGAGAUUAACGGGCAUCCAACACCAAGAAGCCUUUAAAAAAUUACGAUUUAAUUUCAUGUGAUUUUUUUUGUCGUUUACAUAUUCUUGAAAUCAACUCUGAAAUUACACAUUGCAAGUAAAAAACCAAAAUGAAAGGACUAUGAAUACGAGUUUACAUUUCCACAAAUACCUAUCCAAUACGGUUAUUAUGAUUACCACGGGGGUGUAUUACAAAUAAUUUUACAAUUAUAUUAUUCUCUUCUCUUUUUCAUCGGUCGAGUGAGACACUAUGCGGUCUAAAGUCCAGUGGAAAAUAUCAAUUCAGGAUGGCAAAUGAUGAAUGACCCGACGACUGAUUCAGCCAUUCAAUACACCAUGCCCAACCUAGACUUCUUUGAAUGGUAGGGAUAUUGUGGAAUAUACAAGUAAUGAACCUCUUCUUUUUCAUUUAACUUAUUGCUUUACAGUGGGUGUGUGUCCGUUUAUUUACCUUUAAGGGUGGAACGUGACAGGUUUACCACAAACUUGAAAUCUGGCCCCUCGUCAUAAUAAAAAAGUAUGAGGAUUUUUAUUCAUAUUGAUAGCUGGUGUAUAUUCAAAGGUGACUAGAUAUUUUGAAGCGUCGGUGUGUCUUUUGUAAUUUUUCCUUAAUACUGAAUACCGGCUGAAAAUAUCUCCAAAAGUUUCAAAGCAUGCUUAAAAACGUAUAAAUAUUGACUACACGGCAAAAUCUUGAAAACAAUAUUGUGUGAUUGCAGACGAAAUAAACCUCGGGAAAGUGUAUCGGAUACUCUCCUUUCAACAAACACAAUGAAAAGAAAAUGAACAGUAGACAUGGUAGAGGAUUAAACUGAUUGUAUAAUUUGCGUUGCAUAAGUGACUUCAUCACGUUUAUUAAUUUUAAAGUGUAAGUGUAGAUAGUCUAUCGUAAUUGCUAUUAAAUAGAAACCAUGCAUGACAUGAUAUAAUUUAAUAUAUCUUCACUGAAUGGUGAUCCCAUAGUUUUAACUUACAAUGGUUUCACGAGUCACUGUUAUUACUGCUAGGUGGAGGUAAACGACUCAUUUCUACUUGGCCGGACACAUAUUGAAUUUAAUUGACCUGGAAAAAGUAUUGUCCAUCAAAGAAUCGCUAUUAUACCAUGAAUACUGUAUAAUGAGGUUACGGAUUUGCAUAUUCGUACCAUACAUAUAUUUUUCUAUAGCCGAUUUCUCAAGUAAUUAUGCAUGAAUAUAUAUUUAAUGCUUGUGACCCCAAUGCGAAAGAGGGCGAUCAAUGCAUUACAAAUAUGUUUCAUGUAUUUGUCAUGUGAUCAACGUAUAAAAUAAAGCACCUUCAUAUCCAAAGUCUAUCAUUCGACUAUGUACACCUGAAUCAGAAUGGUGUACAUUGCAUUGUGAUAAACAGAAAGACUAAUCAAAAUUACAUUCAAUUGCCGAUAUAUUAAUUUUUCUUAAUCUAGCUGACGUAUCGAAUGAAUUAUAUCGAAGAUAUCCUUUUACAUUUCUAUCAUAUUGAUAUUCAAAAGCAUUAUGUUCUUGAUUUCGAUUUCUUUUUUUUUAUGGAAGGAUGUUUAAUGCCCUUCUUUUUUCUCGGUGUGUAAUCCGGGCUAUUGUACCUUUUCCUCUGUUGUGCAAGUCUGAUCAAUAAAGUCAUGAUUAAAGAAAUGAACAUGAUGAAUGAGAUUAGCUUCAUAAUUAAGCAUACAGUUAAUGAAUUCGUAAAUAUACGCACAGAAACAGCUACAGAUGUCAUUUCUACAGUGAUAUUACCCCGGGCGGGGACACUCAAUUUUGGAAAGGGUAUAGGAGCGUGCAGCCAAAAAAUCUGAAACCAUACCCUUAUUUUGUAUCAUAAAUUUCGAGCCGAUGGAAUUAAGAAACAUUGUCUACCAAGUGUAUUGCCAUGAUUGAAGGGUCGACCAAUUGACAGCGUUCUGUAAAGUGUCUGCUAGUCAAGUUAAAAAAUAUCCUUUAAAGAAUUAUCUUAGACUUAGAUCAAAUGUAUGAAACAUAUUUGGAUAUUUAAAGGUCAAGUCCACCCCAGAAAAAAAAGUUGAUUUGAAUUAUGCUGAAAAUUUCAUCAAAAUCGGAUGUAAAAGAAAAAAGUUAUGACAUUUUAAAGUUUCGCUUAUUUUUCACAAAACAGUGAUAUGCACAACUCAGUGAUAUGCAAAUGAGACAGUCGAUGAUGUCCCUCACUAUUUCUUUUGUUUUUUAUUGCUUUAAUUAUACAAUAUUUCAUUUUUUACAGAUUUGACAAUAAGGACCAACUUGAUUGAACCAUAUAGUAUUAAACAUGAUAGUAUUUGCUUUUGUGACGACCCUUGCAACCAUCCCAUUUAAUGUGUAACAAAAAAUACCACUAAAUUUUUUUCAUUUAUGUAUGAUAUAUUUGAUGAUUUAUGUACAAAAGUAUUGUUCAUUAUCUUGAUGUCAAAAUUCAGAUAUGUUUUUUCUUGUCCAGAAUUUUGUUAUGAAAAAUGAUGCAAAAACCAAUAAAUGAAAUGAAAAUGAAAAAAAAUAGUAUUAAACAAUAAUUCCGCAUGUUCAGGGAGGAAUUAACCGUUGUUUCACAGGACAACAGGGAGAAAAUAAGAAUAUUUCAUAUUUCAUAUAACAAAAUAUAAAAGAAAUAGUGAGUGGAUAACGUCAUCAGUCUCCUCACUUGCAUACCGACAAGGAUGUGAAUAUAACUGUUUUGUGAAAUCAAGCGAAACUUUUAAAAGUCAUAACUCUAUUAUUUUACAUCCGAUUUUGAUGAAAUUUUCAGUGUUAUGCUUGUUGGAUUUAUCUCUUUUUAUUCAAAUCAACUUUUGGUUGGGGUGGACUUGUCCUUUAAAUAGCAACAUAGUUAUAUAAGUUUCUAAAGCAGGGUGCAUAAAAGGCAUGGUAGGAAUGCACUUGAGAAUACUGAAAUCUGAUAGCUCUGUAGUGAUAAUCAUUUAUCUCUUAAAGACAAACAUGAUAGCAGUUUGUAUCUCUGCGAAUGGCGAACAGGCCAUUUCCAUGGGGGGGGGGGGUGUCGAGGACUUCGCCAAGUACCGUAUUUCGUUCUUGGACUGGAUGGGGCUGUGGCUCUGUCGCCGUGGUCGUUGGGGUCAUUCGCAUUAGAAGUAUGAUUACAAGGUGAACGAAUUAGCUGGAUUAAAUGGAUUCCGGCUGGCAUGUCUGGAAGGCGUCUUCUUGGAACGGUUACUAAGGUACGUCUCAAGAUCGC